UUAGCUGUUGGAACAGAAUCACUGUACGUUUAUGUAGUCUCUAUUUCGAAUUUUGUCGGGAAUCAAUCAAUUCGCCGGUUUCGCCUCCUCACUUUUCUCCUCCCUCUCGCCUAGUUGUGAUGGCUCGUGCCGUGUUGUGACAGCGCUAGUAUUGUUUAUUGAGGUGGAUGUCAGGUAUAAUUAGCAAUCGAUAUGGAAUACGUUCCGUGUCGUGGUUCUGACGUCACCGACGAUUAACGUUUCUUAUUGGUCGCAAAUUCCCCAGCGCGAGAGCUCGUUAUUUGGACAAGGCAAGAGUUGAUGUUGACAAGUAGGGGAGUGUAAAAAAGCCUGUGCGCCUUCUUUAGUCUCCUUAUUCCUCGCUCGGAAGCGCAAAGCAUGUCCACGCUCGCCCCUCCACGGCUGUUCUGAGGGAAGUGUUGGAGCUUGUUUGCCCAGACAAACGGUUCCCUGAUUCGGAGAUGAAAUGAUGGAUAGCCGGAUCCUCGAGCAUCCACAUGCCCAGUUUGGAGGCUCUCUGGGAGGCAUUGUUGGAAUGGGUUUCCCCUACCACCUCAGCCAUCAUCAUGUUUACGAUCUUUCCGGACAUCAGAUACAGUCGGCGGCCGCUAUACCGUUUUCUAUAGACGGAUUACUUAACGGAUCAUGCUCGGCGUCUGUUGCAAACUCUAACCCAUUGCUCGGAUCUGGAUGUGGCAUAAACGGGGAUAGUCAGUAUAAACUCGGCGAUUCUGUGAUCCUAGAUUCCGGAGACCCUGACAAGGAAAGCCCUGGUUGUAAACGGAGGCGAACGCGUACAAAUUUUACGGGCUGGCAGCUGGAGGAACUAGAGAAAGCGUUCAACGAAAGCCAUUAUCCGGAUGUGUUCAUGCGCGAGGCGCUCGCGCUACGUCUAGACCUUGUCGAGUCACGUGUUCAGGUGUGGUUCCAAAACAGGCGAGCGAAAUGGCGCAAAAAGGAGAACACGAAGAAAGGGCCCGGUCGACCGGCUCACAACUCUCACCCCACUACAUGCAGCGGCGAGCCAAUGGACCCAGAGGAGAUCGCACGACGGGACUUGGAGCGCUUAGAAAAGAAGAGGCGAAAACAGGAACGCAAACUGCUCAAGUCCCAGAAUAAGCUUUUAGCGGGUGAGCUCUUCCAUACGCCCGGAUCUGACAGCGACAGCGGAGUAUCGCAGAGCACAGACAGCGAGUCAGCUCAGCCCAACGGGCCUCAUCCUAACCCACACCGACAGCAAGCAGAACAUUUAUGUGACCAACACCCACGCCACCAAAGAACCGGUAUAGUCAAUGAGACAGCUGAGCCCAUAGACCCCACAAGGAGCUCUGCUCUGUGCCCUGCGAGCAGCAUCACACGCGCCUCCACGCUCCAGAAACUCAACCCAUUUAGUGUGGAGAGUUUACUAGCCGACUCAAGUCCCAGGAGAAAAACGAUCCUGGAUUUUUCUCAGUUACCGCCACAGAGACAGCUGGUCGGUAAAGGCCAAUUCCUUCUUUAUCCUAUUACCCAGCCGCUGGGUUUCAUAGUGCCACAGACAGCGAUGAAACCGAGUCAGGAUUCAGGAAACUCGGGACACAACAGUUCCACGACAGACACCUCAACCCCAAACCAGCAUGUGUCUGGAGAUGUUACGAAAAAUAAUCACUUGUGCAAGGGUACCACAAAAGAUGAGCUGCAAAGAGAAAACCAGAACUCUUCCAUCCAAACAUUAAACACAAGCUCAGAAUCGAAUUCACCACAAAACCAGUUUGCAAAAGAGUCCGAGGUCACAAGCUCUACCCAGAAAGAAAGCACCUCGCCUAACCUGUCUCAAUGUUCGGACACGAAAACGCGCAGUUCUGCAGACGCAAAUACAGAUGGAGAGGACGUUGACAUGGACUGAAAUAACAAAUAGGCCAGAAGCAGAGGAGCCACGUUGACUUGUCACAAUCCCAAAGCUGAUUGAUUACGACACGUUUUUGUACAAAAGAUUGUUUGAAUUAAUUUUUUACUCUUUUUCCAGAAACGGAUAUUCUCUAUUCAAGUGGACUAAGUUAGCAUACGAGCAGGAUACAAGAACAACACAAAUCCUCAAACAUUGUAUGAAUGAUAAAGUAUCGAAGAUAUUUAUAUAUGUAACGUUUUGAUAAGUAAUACGAAAAAUAAUAAAACAUUGUGAAAGAAAAAGACCUCGUAUUUCCAACGACUAUUCCCACCUUAGUGCUGUAGCAGUUAGCCUGUCUGUUUUGUUUAUCGCUUUGAGACGCUGCUGUACAGCAUGCUCGUGUUUAUUGCUUUAACAAAUUCAUUCAUUCAAAACCUCCAGUUGAAAUGAGGUCUCACGCCGCGGGCGGUAGGACCCGGUCAGCUCCUGUGGAGAUUUGAUAUGAAAGUAAUUAUUUUCCCGGUGGCUGCUGGGAGGAUACGUUUUUUCCCCCCCUUGUUAGCCUAAAGGCUUAUUAUACAUUACCGAUUCCAGCGAUACGAAAUCACAUAAACUUCCAACAAUAAUAGAAUUUGCAUGAAAGGCUGGCGAGUCAGAUUGAAAUGGGGAAAUAAUAGCCCAGGCAGCUGCGAGCGUACGCGAGGACGCGUGUGUGUGCAUAGUGAGGCAAGCCCGGGUGAUUCGUGGGGCGGAAUUUUCAUGAGGCUGGUCUGUCAGGGCUCGUGUAGACAGCAAUAUUAAGAUAGAUGUUCGAUGAUAUCCCUCAUUGUUCUGUCGUGUGCAUUGAUGUUCCUGCCUUAUCGGCCUAUUGAUCAUGUGUCGCAGUGUAAUAGAACAGUCUCUCUCUCUCUCUCUCUCUCUCUCUCUCUCUCUCUCUCUCUCUCUCUCUCUCUCUCUCUCUCACACACACACACACACACACACACAAAGUUGCAAAGUUAGCGGGGCACAAGUGAAUUCAUAAAGACAAUGUGAUGGAGAUAAAAUAGCUUGUCUAUGUAAAGAAGAAAAGAAGGUAUCUCACUAAACGUGGAUUUUGAGGCAUGAAUUAGCUACAGCCGAAAUAUUCCGGUUUCAAUACCAGUUAACCUCAAUCAACAACAUCUGUGGCAUGAUGUUGAUUACCACAAAAAAAAAAAAAAAAAAAAAAAAAAAUCGAUUCGUCCCCGUUUUCUUUAAAAAAAAACAAAAACAAAGAAGCACAAAUCAAGGUUCCAGUGAGGCACUUACAAUGGAAGUGAAUGGGGCCAGUUCUUGGAGGGUUUAAAGGGUGAAAUGUGAAGCUUAUAAUUUUAUAAAAGCACUAACAUUAAUUCGUCUGUUAAAACUUGUGUAUUAUUUGAGCUGUAAAGUUGUUUAAAUAGUCGUUUUUACUGCUGUUUUAGUGUUUUGUGGCCAUGUUGUCAUGACAGCAAAGUUGUAAACUUGGAUAUA